UGUUCACCACUCCCUCUGGCUCCAUCCCCGCUCCACUCCUCUUGUGUGCCUUGAAUGUCGUCCAACAGGCUAGACCACUUGCAGUACAUCCUCAUUCUAGGUAGGAACAGCUGUUCACCCCUGUAUAUACACAUAGAUGUCUGGCUCUCUUGUGGGUGUUUCCCUCUCAUUAGCUCUCUAUCACUCAGACACAUGAAAUCACGCAUCCGAGUAGCUCUAGGACCCUGUGAGAGAUACCCAGGGGGCGCGGCAAUAUUUUCAAUCUGACCACAGAACCUGUUAGCUCACUUUGCUUCCUCUAAGACAGCUCACACACAACCCUCACAAUAGUUCCUUGAUGUGAGAGUUGCAAUAGAGACGUGAUCUUUGCAGUGGCUACCGACCACAGUCCCAGAACCCAGGUCCUGGGAUCCCUGCUCCAUGACCCGUGGAGAAGGACCUUUGUGCCGUGACAUGCCUGAGAGAGGUGGACAGUCCCAGGCAGCACACAGCCAGUCAUGGAUCAGCAGACUUUGAUACUGAGGAGCCUCCUGGCCCAGCUGGAGACAAAGGAGGCUGCGGAUGAUGGCACAGAGAACAGCCUUGCCGUGGAGUUCUUGAGGUUGAAAAUGCAGUCAACUAAGUACCGCACUGACAAGACCUAUCCCUCGAAAGAAGCAGAAAAGCAGGAGAACAUCAAAAAGAACCGCUACAAGGACAUCAUUCCUUUUGACCACAGCAGAGUGAAGCUCACCCUCACCACUUCCAAAAAUGACUCAGAUUACAUCAACGCCAGUUUCAUCAAGGGAGUGUCGGGUUCCAGGGCCUACAUUGCCACUCAGGGUCCUCUGCCGCACACGGUGCUGGACUUCUGGAGGAUGCUUUGGGAGUACAGCAUUGAGGUCAUAGUGAUGUCCUGUCGGGAGUUUGAGAUGGGGAAGAAAAAGUGUGAGCGCUACUGGCCAGAGAAACAAGGAGAACCAUUUGUCUGUGGGCCUUUCACAGUUUACUGUGAUUCUGAGGAAAAUAAAGGAGAGUAUCUGACAAGGACAUUAAGGGUGACCUAUCACAGUCAUAGCCGAACUUUGCAUCAGCUGCACUAUGUCAACUGGCCAGAUCACGGUGUCCCAGACUCCAUUGCUCCUAUUCUGGAAAUGCUGCAGGAUAUGCGUUCCUAUCAGGACCAUGAUGAUAUACCCCUCUGCAUCCACUGCAGUGCUGGCUGUGGUAGGACAGGAGCCCUGUGUGUUAUUGAUUAUACUUGGAACCUGGUGAAGUCACAGAUGGUUCCUGAAGACUUCAGCAUCUUUUCCUUAGUUCAAGACAUGCGAACCCAACGACCCUCAGUGGUUCAAACCAAGGAACAAUAUGAACUGGUCUGCAGAACCAUCAAGUUCCUGUUUGAGAGGUAUCUGCGCACCGCUGAAGUACAAACAAGCAGAAAUGAGGUGCCAGUGUUCCCAUCUUCUGUCACAGCAACCAGUGAAACUGAGCUCUCUGACUUGAGUGAGGUGUUGGAGUAUGACAUACGACUACGACCAGAAAUACAGCAUAUAGCACAUCUAGAAUCACAGGAACGGUUUCCAUUAGUAGAAGUGCAUGGGCAGACAUCCAAUCAUGUUGCACCACUGAGGAUGCCUGCACUGGCAGUAGAGGGGGGUGAUUUACUGCAGCACCAUCAACACUUAUGCCAGACCUUUCCUGAGGUUCUGCACCCCACCGACGGUCAAGAGGGACCCUGCCUCACCAAUGAGCUCACCAGUACCCACCCCACUGCUCUGGAGCACACAAACCACAGAGCCCCAGGGCUGGUGGAAAGGAUAGCAGAGGGGGAUGACAUACCACCACCGAAACCGCCUCUACUGCCUGUGGCAACCAUUUGUCUGACGGUGGAGGACCCCUAUUUUGACUCUCCGGUGGGUUCCCCCUCACUAGAAGUGGCACAGAGUGGCUCAAGUGAAGAUGUUGCUCUUAUCAGCCCGCUGACAACAAACCCUGUCCUCAUCACACCCAUUGUGACUCUUAAUGACCAGACUCUGGAGCUCAAGCCUCCUGCUUCAGCUACAGAUGUAACUCAUUCAGAUGACAGCAUACCUCCUCUGUUACCCAUCCGAACCCCUGAAUCCUAUAUACUGGCUGUUGAUCCAGAGGUCUCAGAGCCCUUUGACAGGUUAGCUGUAAUCAUCCCACCCAAUGCUGCUGCUGAGGCUCUCAGGGAGAUGGGAGGAAGCCCCCCUUCACCUGUCCCCCCACUUCCAGAGAGAACCCCAGAGUCCUAUGAGCUGGCCAUUGAUGCAGCUCCUGUGGAGCAGAUGCAUGAGAUCACACCGGCCGUGAACCUCAACAGAAUAGGAACGUCUUUGGAAUGGUCUUGCACCUCUGCGCAAGUAGAUGCCACAACUCAGAUGGAGAAGAAAUCAUGGAUGAGAAGUAAGAGUUUGAAAGUAAAGAUGUCCUUGUCAGCGCCAUCGCAUCUAACUUCUGCAUCAAAUGCAACCUUAAAUCUCCCCCCUCCCCCUAACCCUCCUCCACCACACCAACUGACUCCUCCGCUGUCGUCUCAAGCAGAUGAGAGUCUGACUCCGCCCCUCCCUGACAGAACCCCUGAGUCCUUCAUCCUGGCCACUGAGGAGGAACCUACAGAGAACUCUGCCCCCUCUCAAGUUGCACAGUCUUCACCAAUGAUAGGGAUCUCCUCUGAGUGGGCUGGCACCUCUCAGCCCAAGAAGUUCCUUGACGUUGUCAUGAACAGAAGCAAGAGUGUUCGAGCAAGAAGUUCAAGACAAGAGCCCCUUACUGCAUUUCAGCAGCUAUCUCCACCCCCUGUGGUCAUGGCGGGAGGAGGAAGUGCAGAAGGGGGGCAGCAUGAUGCAAACCACACACCCUCACUCAGAACCCAGACCUCAGAGAACAGAUCGGAUGAAAGCAGUGGGAAAGUCAUGUCUAGAACAAAGUCCCUGAAGUUUUUUAGACACAAAGUAAAACCUAAGACAGCACCUCAACCAGCUCCUACUCAAUCUGGAUCACCGCCCGCAUCAUAUAGUGCUUCCACUUCAGUGUUCAAAUUCGGAUUUGGGAACCGAUUUGGGAAGCCAAAAGGCCCCAGGAGUCACCCAGAGACCUGGGUGUAAGUCUUAGCAGACCCUUUCUGAACACCAGCGCCGGAGCUCUGAUGUAAUUUACCCCAAAACGAUAUAUUACAUAGCUCCCUAAGGACUUGGACAGUUGGGAGUUCAGUAUGAGAUCAGAGAAUUUACCCACUGCGGUCUGAAAAGCACUGAAAGCUGCUUCUCUUUCUCUCAGGAUCAAAUAACAACGGUAGUACCUUCUGUUUUGUAGUCAUGACCACUUGAUUGUUGCCUUGCUACUAGCUUGGACAUUUUGGUUGAUUUUAAUUCUUGACUAGUGCUCAAUUGAAGAGCAUAGACAAUCAGGGCUAGCUGCACCAGUGGCUUGAAUGGACUAUACUAUUCUUUUUUUCUAUUUUGCUUAAAUAAUAGGGCGGUCGGCAAUGAUACAUUUUCAUACUUCUCAUUUAUCGUCACAUUGAAGAUAGAGCUGUUACUUGUCUAAGUUAUGGAAAUUGGUGUUAUAAUAUUGGUGUAGUAGUAUUUGUUAUAUUGCCUGCUAAUGGCACAAUAUGAUCAAAUAGGUACUGACUGGCAUUUACAGAAUGUUUAGUUUAAGGUGUCACUAAAUCCAUAUUUUUUGAUAAUGAAGAUCUAAAAUCAAACAGAUUGAUGUGAUGCAUACCAAUGUAUAAACCUAUUGUACAUGUAGAACUGAAUGGUACAUAACACUGGUUACACGCAAAAAAAAUUUAUUUAAAAAAAUACAUAAAGUCU